CCGCCGCCGCCAACCGCCGCCUCAGCUUGCGCCGCCGCCGCCGCGCACGCCAUGGGAGCCGUGACUGACGACGAAGUCAUACGGAAGCGUCUCCUGAUUGAUGGAGACGGCGCUGGAGAUGACCGGAGAAUCAAUCUGCUGGUGAAAAGUUUCAUUAAGUGGUGCAACUCCGGGUCCCAGGAAGAGGGAUACAGCCAGUACCAACGUAUGCUGAGCACACUGUCCCAAUGUGAAUUUUCAAUGGGCAAAACUUUGCUGGUAUAUGAUAUGAAUCUCAGAGAAAUGGAAAAUUAUGAAAAAAUUUACAAAGAAAUAGAAUGUAGCAUUGCUGGAGCACAUGAAAAAAUUGCUGAGUGCAAAAAGCAAAUUCUUCAAGCAAAGCGAAUACGAAAAAAUCGCCAAGAAUAUGAUGCUUUGGCUAAAGUGAUCCAGCACCAUCCAGACCGGCAUGAGACAUUAAAGGAACUAGAAUCUCUGGGAAAGGAACUAGAGCAUCUUUCACAUAUUAAAGAAAGUGUUGAAGAUAAGCUGGAAUUGAGGCGGAAACAGUUUCACGUUCUACUUAGUACCAUCCACGAACUUCAGCAAACGCUAGAAAAUGAUGAAAAGCUCUCAGAGGUCGAAGAAGCUCAAGAAAGCACCAUGGAAACAGAUCCUAAGCCAUAGACAGGCUCAUGGUUCACACUUCCCAAGAAUGCAGAAGUAACGACAUGCUCCUAGUACAUUCAGAAUUUGUUGUGUUCUUCAGAUAUUUAAAGUUUUGGCAGAUUAAACUACUUUGCUUUUAAAUAUUAAUGCACAGUUCAUUCCUAUUUCUUUACACAAAGGAAAAAAACGUCACUAUAGAUUUGUUUCUAUUGAAAUGUGUUUUUUAUUCUUAAAAGGUAGGAAGCAAUAUCCAAAAAUGUUUAAUAAAAUGUUUUCAAGGCAGA